GGCGGUUCUCUUUUGUGGGUGUGAGCUGCUGCGUGCGAGGGAAAGUGGGAGAGAGGAGGAGCCGGGGUGUAGGCUGGCUGGACGGGGCUUCCUCUUCCUGCCGCGCGUGGAGCAGAGCUCAGCACGCGCUCUGUGCUUGCAGGUCCCAGGCCAGCCUCCUGCCCUGGGAUCCUUCUCUCUCCCCAGCUCACUGUGUAGAGGAUCAAGGCCUGACUUAGCAGGGAGCCUGUAGCAGAGGGAAUGGCCCCUGGGAGCUGCAGACCCCCAGCCCAGGAGCUGCUGACAUUCAAGGAUGUGUCUGUGGACUUCACCCAGGAGGAGUGGGGCCUCUUAGACCAUCCUCAGAAGGAGUUGUACAAGGAGGUCAUGCUGGAGAAUGCCAAGAACCUGCUCUCCCUGGGGCUGGCAGUUUCCACAGAAGACUUGAUAUCUUAUUUUGAGGAAGAAGAAGCACCAUGGCUUCUGGAGCAUGAAGGCCUAAGGAGCUGCUAUCCAGAAGGAGAGAUUAGACCUGAAAUGAAAGAGACUACUGCAAAGCUAAGCAUUUCUGUGAAAGAAACUCAUGAGGAAAGUUUCAUGAGGAAUGGUCCUUGUGACUUCACCAGGAGACAAAUCUGUGCUGCAUUUCACAGAAUCCACAGAGGAGAAAAACCUUACCAUUGUCUUCAUGGUUGGAAAGUUUUGAGUCAACAGUCAUCCCUUAUUUACCAACAAAAAAUUAAUCCUGGCGUGAAACUACAUGAGUGUCAUGAAUGUGGUAAAACUUUUUCUAAACACUCAGCCUUCAUUAUACAUGGGAGAUAUCACAUUGGCAGGAAACCUUAUGAAUGUAAUCAGUGUGGAAAGGCUUUCACACAGAGCUCCAGCAUUAUUAACCAUGAAAGAGUUCAUGCUGGAAAGAAAUCUUGUGAAUGUAAUCAGUGUGGAAAGGCUUUCAGGUGUAAAAGUGAACUUAGUCUACAUCAGAGAAAGCACACUGGAGAGAAACCUUAUGAAUGUAAUCAAUGUGGAAAGGCUUUCACAGGGAACUCCAGCCUUAUUAAACAUCAAAGAGUUCACACUGGAGAGAAGCCUUAUGAAUGUAAUCAGUGUGAAAAGGCUUUCAGGUAUAAAAGUAAACUUAGUCUACAUCAGAGAAAGCACACUGGAGAGAAACCUUAUGAAUGCAAUCAGUGUGGAAAGGCUUUCACACUGAGCUCCAGCCUUAUUAACCAUCAAAGAGUUCAUGUUGGAAAGAAACCUUGUGAAUGUAAUCAAUGUGGAAAGGCUUUCAGGUGUAAAAGUGAACUUAGUCUACAUCAGAGAAAGCACACUGGAGAGAAACCUUAUGAAUGUAAUCAAUGUGGAAAGGCUUUCACAGGGAACUCCAGCCUUAUUAAACAUCAAAGAGUUCACACUGGAGAGAAGCCUUAUGAAUGUAAUCAGUGUGGAAAGGCUUUCACAGUGAGGUCCAGCCUUAUUAAACAUCAAAGAAUCCACACUGGAGAGAAACCUUAUGAAUGUAAUCAGUGUGGAAAGACUUUGAGGUGUAAAAGUGAACUUACUCUACAUCAGAGAAACCACACUGGAGAGAAACCUUAUGAAUGUCAUCAGUGUGGAAAGGCUUUCACAGUGAGGUCUAGCCUUAUUAAACAUCAAAGAGUUCACACUGGAGAGAAACCUUAUGAAUGUAAUCAGUGUGGAAAGGCUUUCAGGACUAAAAGUAACCUUAGUCUUCAUCAGAGUAUCCACGCUAGAGAGAAUCCUUAUGAAUGUAAUCAGUGUGGUAAGGCUUUCAGGUGUAAAAGCUAUCUUAGUCUACAUCAAAGACUCCACACUGGAGAGAAACCUUAUGAAUGUAAUUAGUGUGGAAAGGCUUUCAGAUGUAAAAGUGAUCUUAGUCUACAUCAGAGAGUCCUCACUGGAGAGAAACCAUAUGAUGUGAUCAAUGUGGAAAAGCUUUCUGACUGCACUGGGAACUUGCUGUAUAUGAGAAAAUCCACACUGGAGAGAAACUUUAUGAAUUUAAUCAGUGUGGAAAGGCUUUCACACAGAGCUCCAACCUUAUUAAAAUCAGAGAAUCCACACUGGAGAGAAACCUUAUGAAUGUAAUUAGUGUGGAAAGGUUUUCAGGUGUAAAAGUGAUCUUAGUCUACAUCAGAGAAUCCAUGCUAUAUACAAACCUUAUGAAUAUAAUCAGCAUGGAAAGGCUUUCAAAUGCAGGACCAAUCUUUCUGUAUAUCAGAGCUGCAUGUUUAUCUUCUUUAUAUCAGAAUUAUAUCAGUUUAUAUCAGAAUUACCCUAUUGUACUGUCUGAAUUCAAUCAGUCUAUAGGGUCAAACAGAGAAAUGGAUAAAGUGGUUUUUAUGUUGUGAACCCUGAUCCCCCAUGAACCCCAAAUUGAAACACCUUGUUCUAAAAAAGAGAUAAAGAAAAUUGGUGUAUGCAUGUCCUCUGGUUAAUUUCCCUCAAGCUAGCUUGACAUGUUCAAUGAAGAACUAUGAAUAAUUUAGUUCUUCUCAGCAAUACAAUGGUCCAAGAAAACCAGAAAGGAUAAUCAUG